AUGUAUAGUAACAAUGGGAGGUUGGGGUCUGCUUGUGUAGGAUUGGCGGGGGAAGCCAGGAAUUGUAUGAUAUCUGAGAAUAUCAACUCACAUUAUGUGUCCCAAUUGAACUUUUGCGACUUCUUCAUUAGUCGGAUGAUGGGCUUUGUAUUUUCUACCAACCUUGGUGAGGUGGCAUUGACCGAUUGGACUAUCUGCAAGUGUCAUUUUUUGGCUGAGGAUGGUAUUCUGCCUCCAGCGAAUUCCCCUACUAUCGUCGUUUAUGCGACUACCCUCCUGGCAGUCUUUGUUGCUCCUAUUUUCCUCGCGUUAUUGGAUAGCUUGUUUAGGGUUUCCUCUGGUACUAGAGGUGAGGUCGUUGGCCUUUGUUGUGACGAUGCUUCAUAG